AUGACAUGGGUGCUUCCUCUGCUCCAGAUCCUUGCCACGGUCUGGCCCGGCCGAGCCAUAGUUGACACAUGCGACGUCUGCGGGAGACACCCCUUGGUGCCGGGCCCAGGCAGCAGCGUGCGGGUGGUGGGCGGGAUCGAUGCCCACCCGGGGGCCUGGCCGUGGAUCGUCAGCCUGCAGCUGCCCACGAUCACCGGGCACAAGCACACCUGCGGGGGCUCCCUCAUCACGGCCCGGUGGGUUCUCACCGCAGCCCACUGCUUCGGGAACAAGAGGAACCUGCCGCACUGGCGCGCCGUGCUGGGCGCCUCGAAGCUUUCGUCCCUCGGCUCGGAGGUCCACGUGCGCUACAUCAAGCAGGUGGUGGUCCAGGAGGAUUACCAGCCCGGCGUGGAGCUGAACGACAUCGCGCUGAUGGAGCUGGACCAGCCGGUCAUGUGCAGCAGCUACAUCCAGCCGGCCUGCCUGCCCGACAGCACCGUCAGGGUGCCCGCCUUAGCCGUCUGCUACAUCAGCGGAUGGGGCGCCUCGAGGGAGCACGGCCAGCAGGCGACGGACAUCAUGCAGGAGGCGAGGGUCAACCGCUUCCCCGUCGCGCAGUGCAACAGCAGCGGCUGGUACGGCGGGGCCAUCCGCGAGCACCAGCUGUGCGCAGGGUACGAGGAAGGGGGCGUGGACAGCUGCCAGGGAGACAGCGGCGGCCCGCUCAUGUGCCGGGAAGAGGCCUCGCAGCCCUACUGGGUGGUUGGCGUCACCAGCUGGGGGCAAGGCUGCGGCAGGGCGCACCGGCCGGGCGUCUACACCGCCACGCAGAGCUUCUACGCGUGGAUGAAGGGGUGGGCCGGCCCCAUGCCGCAGCCCCCUCCCACGCCCAAGCACGUGGCCUCGACAGCGGCGCUGGCCCCGGAGACUCACGGAUCAGUCCAUUUAGUUGCAGCGUCUCAUUCCAAACCUGUGGAGACCACGACCCGUCCCACGCCAGCACCCACGACCAUGUCGAGAUCUACGCUCCCACCACAGACGACACAUCCCACGCCAGCACCCACAACCACCCCUGAAUCUACUCUCCCACCACAGACCACGACCCAACCCAAGCCGGAAGCCUCUCCUCAAACUCCGUGCGAAACGCCGUCGCAGCCAGAGACAGCAGCCCUGCCCCAGCCAGAGCCGGGGGCCCCCGAGGCCGAAGCCCCACCUCAGCCAGAGACUGAAACCCCACAGCCCAGCCCAGCACCUCCUCGGGGAGAGACCGGAGCCCCCGGACCUCCGCCCCAGCCCAACCCCCCCAAGGCUCACAGAGGCACCGUGGCCACGUUCUUCAAACUGCUUCAGAAUUUCCUACGUGCCCUGCAGAAGCAGAAGAGUGUUGCGCGGCUGGAGCACGCGGGGGACCCGGCUCCCCCCCAGAACUCGGGACCACCAGCGGCCACUGUCCUGCCCGAGGACGCGGACAAGCCCUUGCGGACAGAAGGAGCCCCCCCCGGUACCUGCGGCACACGGAUAUGCUGA